AUGGUUCUCUCUACUUCAUCUUCCUCCACCACUACCUUCUCAACGUACUCCACCGCCAUUACUAGGGUUUCCGCCUCGCCUUCGACUUCCAGAAUCGCUUGCUCCUUGAAAUUCCUCGCCGCUCGGAGGCGCAGUUGGUGUUCGUGUCUCGCUUUCUGCUCCUCGAAGCUGCAGGGACUGACGGAGGCGAUUGAUGAGAGGAAUAGAUCAUCCGGAAGUACCGUUGACGCCGUGGCAGCCAUGGAGGCGACCACAUCCGCCUCCCAUGGCAGGGACGAGAUUUCGGCGCCUCGGACUUUUCUUGAUGCGCGUACGGAACAAGAUCUGCUUUUGGGGAUCCAAAGAGAAGCAGAAGCUGGACGGUUACCAAUAAAUGUUGCUCAGGGGAUGGAAGAGUUGUAUCACAAUUACCGAAAUGCAGUUUGCCACAGUGGUCACCCGCAGGCUCACGAGAUUUUCUUUGCUAAUAUGGCUGCUGCAUUAGAUCGCAUAUUCAUGGAUGUGCUGGAUCCUUUCCAAUUCUCACCAUACCACAAAGCGAUUCGACAACCGUUCGACUAUUACAUGUUUGGUCAAAAAUAUAUUAGUCCACUGGUUGAUAUCAGAAACUCAUUUGUAGGAAACAUCUCCCUCUUCAAUGAAAUGGAAAAGAAACUUCAGCAGGGAGAAAACGUUAUUUUGAUUUCCAACCACCAAACUGAAGCAGAUCCAGCUAUUAUUUCUUUGUUGCUUGAAUCCAGUAAUCCGUUUAUUGCUGAGAACACGAUCUACGUGGCAGGGGAUAGAGUGGUUACAGAUCCUCUUUGCAAACCAUUUAGUAUGGGGAGGAAUCUUCUAUGUGUGUAUUCAAAAAAACACAUGAAUGAUGAUCCUAAGCUCAUAGAUAAGAAAAAAAGAGCUAACACGAAAAGCUUGAAAGAAAUGGCCAUCCUUUUGAGGGGUGGAUCAAAACUUAUUUGGAUUGCACCUAGUGGAGGAAGGGAUCGCCCAGAUCCUGUCACAAAAGAAUGGUACCCGGCUCCUUUUGAUGCUUCCUCGGCGGACAACAUGAGACGACUUGCAGAACAUGCUGGUGUUCCGGGCCAUAUAUAUCCUUUAGCAAUAUUGUGCCACGACGUUAUGCCCCCUCCAGCUCAGGUUGAGAAAGAGAUUGGGGAGAAAAGAGUGAUAGCCUUUCACGGAGUUGGAUUAUCAGUUGCACCCAAAAUCAGUUUUCAGGAAGUCACUGCAGCUUUAGAAGAUCCUGAUGAGGCAAAACUUGCUUACACGCAAGCAUUGUUUUCAUCUGUGUCCGAGCAGUACAAUGUGCUAAAAUCUGCAAUACAUGGCAAACAAGGUCUUAAGGCGUCGACUCCUUCUAUUUCACUAUCUCAACCAUGGGAGUAG